GUGUAGUGGGUGGUGGGAGGAGUGAAGCACAAAUAUAGAAUCACCCAACAAAAACAAAUUUGAAUACUAAAUGCAAAGGGCAAAGGGCAAAGGGAAAAGGCGACAAAGAGUAGAGUUGUUAGAUAUAACAAGAUAAUAAAACCUUCAAGUCACCACUCACCACCCACCAAGCCCAGCUUUCUUAUCUUCACCGGAAAACAUCAUCAUGGAUUCCAAUCCCCAGUCUUGUGAAAACCCUGAAAUCAAAUCAACCGAGGAGCAAACCCAAAACCAAUAUCAAGUUUCUCAAUCCCCAUUUGCUACUGCAUCUCUUUCUUUAUCUUCCUUGCCCCCAACCCUACCUACCCAGUUUUUCAUCCAACCCAAAAUCUUAUCUUUAUUCUCUGCUCAAUCUCCCUCCAAAGUUAAAGUUCCAACUCAAGCUUCGUCUCUUUCUCAUCUCUCCCUUUCUUCAACUUCCCCUUCCCCUUCCCCUUCCAAACUUUCCUUCAAAUCCACCUUUGCCAAUAACCCUCUCCAGUCCCCUCUCUCCUUAGGUCCGCGCCGCCCUCUCGACCCCUCCAAUGGCGCCGCAAUUCGUCGAGCUUCCAUCGUUUGGUUCCGCAACGAUUUACGGGUCCACGACAACGAGUGUCUCAACACCGCCAACAAUGAGUCCAUGUCGGUUUUGCCGGUUUACUGUUUUGACCCUCGAGAUUACGGGAAAUCCUCAUCUGGGUUCGACAAAACCGGUCCUUACAGAGCCACAUUCUUGAUUGAAUCGGUUUCGGAUCUUCGGAAGAAUCUGCAAGCACGAGGGUCGGAUCUUGUGGUUCGGAUUGGGAAGCCGGAGUGUGUUUUGGUUGAGUUAGCUAAAGCUAUCGGGGCCGACGCUGUCUAUGCUCAUAGAGAAGUUUCUCAUGAUGAGGUUAAGGCUGAGGAAAAGAUUGAGUCUGCCAUGAAAGAAGAGGGUGUUGAAGUUAAGUACUUUUGGGGAAGUACUUUGUUCCAUGUUGAUGAUUUGCCGUUUAAAUUGGAAGAUAUGCCUUCCAAUUAUGGUGGAUUUAGGGAUAAAGUUAACGGUUUGGAGAUAAGGAAGACGAUUGAAUCAUUGGACCAAAUGAAAGGGAUGCCUUCUAGAGGUGAUGUGGAGACUGGAGAUAUUCCUUCAUUGACGGAUCUGGGACUUAACACUGCUGCCACAAUGGCUCAGGAUGGCAGGCCAUCUGUUAGUGCUUCUAUGGCUGGUGGCGAGAAUGAAGCAUUGCAAAGGCUUAAAAAGUUUGCAGCUGAGUGUAAAGCACAGCCAUACAAGGGGAGCAAGGAUGGUAGCCAAGAAACCAUAUAUGGUGCUAACUUUUCUUGCAAAAUAUCACCAUGGCUAGCUAUGGGAUGCUUAUCUCCCCGGUUCAUGUUUGAUGAACUAAAGAAAACUGCAAAUAGGACCGUUUCUGCUACCUCAAAGAAAAAUGAUGGGGGCAGUGGCUCACCUGAUACUCAAAUGAACUGGCUGAUGUUCGAGUUGUUGUGGAGGGAUUUCUUCAGAUUCAUCACCAAGAAAUACAGCAGUGCAAAAGUUGGAACUGCUCCUGCCACAGCAUGUACAGGUGCCCUUGCUUAAUCAAAGAAUAUGUGGUGGUUUUGAGGUUUGAGGAUUGUUGUCAGUUCUUAAAAGAAUGGAGUUUCAAUUUGCAUUGCGUAGCUGUUUGAUGGUAGAAUAGGUUGCUCAAAAGGCACCCACUUACUCCUUGUUGAGCUCUUGUUCUUGUCGCCUAAUAAAUUUCUUUAAUAUCCUAAAUUUGUCUUGGUUCUCCAGCUUUGUAACCGUUAUGGCCGUUUCUCCAUUGUUUAAUGGAAAUUAGCCAAGUUCGGGUUGGUUUUAGAAAAAACUUGUAGCAUUUUUGUAGGUUCCAUCCAUUUUGGUUCAUCGAUUUUUAAGAAUAAUUCUUAUA